AUGGGGAUUACCUAUUCAGCUGCCUGCUUCCCAAAGCACUCACUAGAAGUUCAAGUCUACAUCGGCACGUAUACCUGGCUUGGAAUACUCAUCGACGACGAAACCUCAAAAUCACCAGAGGAUUGCUCAAAAUUCAUUGAACGUUUUGCGGCAGGAGAGAAGCAGCCGACACCCCUCCUCGAGGGAUGGGCAGAACUCAUGCGUCUGGCAUACAAGUACUGGGACCCGGUUGUGGCCAACUUCAUCGUCACAGCCUCACUUAACUUUGUCAAUGCAAACGUCCUCGAGAGCCGGCAGGAGUUCAAGAAACUCAAGCCAACCAAGGGCGGCAAGAAGUGGCCCUGGUUUAUGCGUGACAAGGACGGCGUUUCAGACGCGUAUGCCCUUUUCACGUUCCCCAAGGAUCAGUACCAAGACAUGUCGAACUACCUAGAAAUGAUUCCUGAUAUGUCUUGCUAUCUUGCUUUGACUAAUGACAUUCUGUCGUAA